AUGGCUAUCUGCCCUCCCUCUUCCUCUCUACUCGCCUUCGCCCCACCUUACGCUCUCACUCGACAGCUUCCUCCUCCAACCACCCUCACCGCUGGUGUCGCACCGCAGCGAAAAAUAAAGAUACAUCGGCACUACAGGCCAGACAAGAGAAUGGCCCAUGUAGAGGGUAGCUCACCGACUUCACUGUUGCCUGCUAUGCCACCUGCACUGCGUCAGCUUACCAUUGCAGUGGAGCGACUGAACGCUGCCUCUUCUUCGCCCUUAGAUCCCGAGGUUAUUUUACCCCUAGGGCUGUCGACAGCAGAGCGCCCAGAGCAGUUCACCUCAACUCCUCCUGCAGACGGCACUGUCAUGCCCACAGCAGAGCUUCUGCGGCAGGUUGAUGCGCUGCAGGAACAGUACAGGCGUCUCGUGGUGCUGGCACAGCAGCCGUACGACACACAAAGUACGCCCUCCGCUGAAUCACCACGGGACAGCGGUAGCGGCAGUGUCGAGGCGCAGGCGGAAAGUCUCAUGAUGUAUUUUGAGGUCGCCGUCGGGCAGCUGCAGCGAGGCAUUCGCUCGAAGCAGGCGCAGGCCAUCCGCCUCAUGCUGCUCACUGCGCUGCGGCGCGAAGUAGCUGAGCGUCGACAAUGCGUAGCCAAGAUGGAAGGUGUGCUGAACGCCUCCCACCAGCAUGUGCGCCUGUGA